GUAGCAGCGACAGCUUUUCGGAGAUUUCCGGUUUCCAAAUAUAUUCUCUCACGCACGGCGUAGGAAGAAAAACGCCUUUUUAUCCAGCCUUGACGACGCACCAGCGAAGGGCUUGUUAUUUUGCCUGACGUUGCGAGGAGAGAGGAAACGACAGCGCUUGCUAGCCAGGGUGACUCGGCGCGUCGUCGCUCCGAAGAGCAGCCGUGAACGUUACUCUCCGUUGACUCGUCUCUUUUGGCUCAUGUCGUUCCGGAGAGCGCUCAGUCUCGCGUGCGGCGUCGCCGGCGGGUCCGCGGUGCUGGUGUGCGCGGCGGUCGCGGCGGAUAAGCACGGCUACUUCGCUGACGGAUGCCGGUUGAGAGACGCUUUGGCUGCCGUGCGUGCGGCGCAGCCUCCGGCGUGGCCCGCUGCGAACGGGUGGGAUUACAACUGGGACAAACGUGACCCCUCAUCUCCGGUGAAUGGGAAGAGAAAGGAGAGCGUCGGUGAGAAUGGAAGUCCGGACGCGGACAACAGCAAACCCAAAGCCACACGCCACAUCUUCCUCAUCAGACACUCCCAGUACAACCUCAAGGGGGACGGAGAUAAAGAGAGGAUCCUGACGGCGUUAGGACGGGAACAGGCCGAGUACACGGGACAGAGAUUAGCGGCGCUGGGACUGAAGUACGACGUUCUCAUCCACUCUUCAAUGACCAGAGCUACCGAGACGGCCAGCAUCAUCAGCAAAUACCUGCCAGGUGUGGAGCUCGUGAGCUGCGAUUUGCUGCGAGAGGGUGCUCCGAUCGAACCCGUCCCGCCGGUCACGCACUGGAAACCCGAGGCAGCGCAGUACCACGAGGACGGCGCUCGGAUCGAGGCAGCGUUCCGCCGCUACAUCCACCGAGCCGACCCCAAGCAGAAGGAGGACAGCUACGAGAUCAUCGUCUGUCAUGCUAAUGUCAUCCGCUAUUUUGUGUGCAGGUUUGUGUUCACUUGCUACUCCGUGCGGUCUCUCUUUUUGUGCUCUUUUGAAACGCUUAGCGAAACAAAUAAGCAUUUGGUGGAAACCACAGCAAGUCUAUCCACGGAAAAAAAACUAAAACGAUCGCGAUCGGCCCUGCAGUUUCCUCCGGAGGGCUGGCUGAGGAUGGGCCUGAACAACGGCAGCAUCACCUGGCUGACGGUUCGACCCAGCGGCCGCGUGGCUCUCCGAGCGCUGGGAGACUCGGGCUUCAUGCCUCCAGAUAAACUCACUCGCACAUGACGCUCUCAAGCUAGACCAGCAUGCCUCAAAACAGCCUAGAACCUAAGGAUAGUUGAGGUGGGCAGAUGUUAGAGUUGCAAAGGAUCAAAAAAAACCAAAAAAAAAAAAACCUUAAAUGUUCUCCUGAAACUUUUUAUUAAAUGCCGUUCGAGUCACAAUAUUUCAGAAUAUGGAUUUCAUAUUCAUCAGCUCCACUAGCUUGUUUAAUAAAAACCUUACAUAGCUGCAAUUUAUGAGAAUAAGUGACAAUUUAAUUUGCAACUCUACCAUCUGUUGCUGUGAACAGUGACUCCACAAGUGUCUUGAGGGUAUUGAUUUUGUAUUUUUUAAAAGCGAGCGAGUUAAGAAUCAUUGAUGUUUCUUCAAUUAUACACUCCCGUGCCAUGCUUCGUCUGAUCUAAGGUGGAAUUAACCAGCAAGUGUACUUUUUUUUAUGUUUAUGACGAGGUGUCUUUUUCCAGCUUUAUGCAAACUCUGGAGGCCUCGCUGAGGCACUUGGUGUGUAUUCGCACCGUUUACGAUCGUUUUAGAAUCAAGGUUUGAGUUUGGUAAAAAUGUGAGAGGCUGAGGAGGACUCUGUAGAAUUGUUUGUAUGUUGUUGUUUAUGGCAGUAAAAAUUAAUUCAUUGA